AUGAAGAACAGAAAAGAGACAAUAGAAAUUGAAAUUGCAUUAAUAGAUAAGAAAAGCAGUUACAUUACAAGGGCUUUGGCUACAAGGCUCCAACAGAGUGGGGGUUUAGCCUCUCAUAGCCAUGAGAAGCUUUACACUUCAGAGAUAAUAGCAAACAUAGAGAGCCAAAUGCUAGAAUUCGAGGAAUCUAUUGAACUUAAUAGACUAGAGAUUGAAGAGAGUGAAAACAAAAUAGUGGAGUUUGAGUGCCAGAUGGAGAGGGAUCGAAAUGAAGGGCUAUUCUUUAAGAACCUUGGAUAUAAGGCACCUAUUGAAAAGGCAAAAGCCAAGGAGGAAGAGGUUGAAAAGAUCAAAGAUGUGAACAGUGAAAGCAUUGGUAGCAAUUCAAAGUUUAUAUUCCCACAAGCAACGUUUGAAUCAAAGCUUUGA